AUUCAGUUCCUCUAUUUUUAUUUUUUAUUGAUUUUUCGGCUGCCAAGUUUGUAUCUAUUGAUUUUCAGUUAUUGAUUUUCUUUUCAAAAGCUCUGCGGAGGACGCUCUGGGAGACUUGAUACCAACGUGUGAGAUUGAAUCAAACGUCCCUGUGAAAUAAACCUAGUGAUUUAAUAUGUGUUUCGUUAUUAUAACCGGUAGAAGCUUAAUAUGGCUCUUACUAAGUUUGGUUUCCUUUAUGUUAAUUUUGACUGGGAUCAUGACCCCUAAAUGGUUGAUGGGCCAGCCCCUCGUCGUUACAGAAGACAACGUAACCAGAUUCUUCAUACCUAGCGUUGGUAUUUACAACCGCUGCAUCCGCAUGAGCGAUGGUCAGAACCACUGCGGUUCCUUCUCCUUCUACGGGCUCCACACCGACUCCACUGUCUACCCGGCUCCGUGGAAGGCUGCCAUGUUCUUCUUGUCAUUAUGCGCGGCCAUCCAGUUCGCCACAGUCCUGGGCGGGGUGCUGGCGUGCUGCGUGCAGGCAGUGUUCAAGAAGAGCGUGGUGUCUUUAGCCGGCGCCACUCAAGCUUUGGGAGGAGUGUUCGGCGUGAUAGGCCUGGUGCUCUACCCUUGGGGCUGGGGCGCCGCGCGUGUAAGGAGGCUGUGUGGGGAGAACUCGCAGCCGUACAUACCUGGAGACUGCUCUAUCGGCUGGGCCAUGUUCGUGACUUCAACCGGAGUGGGUCUAAUAUUCCUAGCCAGUGCCCUAUCGAAGACAGCAGACAAAGCGGCCAAUUCGGACAAAGUACAGUUCCAGAUUGACGAAGGAAAACAACUAAUAUGUUUAGCCUGAUACGGUUACUUCAUUCAAUUGCUGGCGUUGUUCGUUCGGUCUUUUGGUGAGAAGUUUCGUUCAUUCAAUAGUUGACGGUUUUUUGUAGGAUUUGUCGAGUUUUUGACUUGCACUGUAAUAUGUUAGUUUGCUUAUUAGCUACUAACUGAUAGACUAAAAGUAUUACGUAUAUGGGAAGGAAUUAAAUUUAUCAGUUGAUUUUGGCCACGGCUAAACAAAUAAGUAAUGUCGUGUAAUAUUAUAUUAAAUGAAAAAAAAAACAUAAGUUUGUUCGCAAAAAAACAAACCUACUGUCGCCACCAUAACGCUAUCUAUGAUUUAGUUAUUUUUUAAGAGCUUAUAGAAAACUUCCCAUUGUAAAAAAAACGAAAACAUUUUGACUGAACUAAGAAGUAUUCAACCAGUGUUUCUCAAAGAGUUCCAUCCAGUUACUGCAAUUUUUGUGUUCAAUGCUUGUAUUAGUGACAUAAUAUUAAGGGUGGAUUAUUAUCUGUGAUCAUACCGAAG